AUGACAAAUAGUAGUUCAUCAUCAACAUCUCUACCAAAUUUAAAUAGUAAUAAUAGUAGUAGCAAUAUAUUAGAUAGUGUAGCGAGUAAUAUAUAUAUAUUUGAUAGUAUUCAUAUAAAUAACGAUGUAAAAGAAUAUAGAGUAACAAGAAAGAGUAAAACUAUAAUAUAUCCUUUCGAUUAUAUCUUAUAUAUCAUACUGGCAUUACAUAUAUUCUAUUUAGUUAUAAACGAUUACUUUGUACUCAAUUCAUUUAUGUUUAUAUUAUUAUCGAUCGUUAUUAUCAUACGUUUAUUUUUAAAGUUAUUUAUUGUUAGAGAAGAAUCACUUACAGUUAUCAGAGAACUAGGUGUACAACUGAGAAAGAAAUAUUAUUUCAUUGGCGAAUCCACCAGAUUUAUCGAAAAACCGAAAAUACAAUCGAUCAUCAUCAACGAAGGUAUAUCAAGAUACAGAGUUACAUUUUAUAUGGCAUUUCUUGUAGAAGGAAAACAAAAAAUGGUUUUAGCAUUCGAUGAUCUGAUACCAAGAAUCAACGUACUUUUGAAAAUAUAUAGAGGUACCAGAUCUUUGAUGUAUGGUGAACCAGAAGAAUAA